AUGCGUUUCUCUUCGAUGAUCUUCGGCCUGUUGGCCUUGGCCGUUUCUACAGUCUACGGCACUGCAUUGACAUACAAACUCGGUGCCAGUGAAAGAGCCUGCUUCUUCACCAACAUUGAAAUUGCACAGGCCAAAAUUGCAUUCUACUUCGCCGUUCAAUCAGGCGGCUCGUUCGAUGUCGACUACUCUGUCGUAGGACCCAAUGACAAAAGAAUAAUGGAAGGACAGAAGGAGAGACAGGGCGAUUUUGUCUUCACAGCUCAGACGGUUGGAGAGUACCGCUUCUGUUUCAGUAAUGAAAUGUCAACCUAUGCCGACAAGAUGGUGGAUUUUGAGAUUGCGGUUGAGCACGAGUCAAAAUCGGCACUCUUGCCACAAAAGGCAGGGUCUAGCCCUGAACAACAUUCAUCUCUCGAGGACUCGAUCUUCAAAGUGAGCGGACAGUUGAGCACUAUCAGCAGAAUGCAGAAGUAUUUCCGGACAAGAGAGAACCGUAACUUCAGCACGGUUAGGAGUACCGAACAGAGGAUCUUCAAUUUCAGUUUAAUUGAAGUCAUUAUGAUGGUGGGAAUGGCCGUCUUGCAGGUCUUGGUGGUCAGAUUCUUUUUCCAGGGAGCCAGGAAAGGUAAGAGUCACAUCCGGAACCCAUUUGGAUUUACUCUGACAGGAGCUCCUGCUAGGCUAUGUAUGAAAUGUAUGGGUGAAGACCAUUCUCUUGGGUAA